CAUUCAGGCUACGUGAUUCCGGCGUGCACGUAUACACUGCAGACGUCAAAAAUGGCUUUCAAGAUAGCAGUAAAAUCCUCUUUCCUACAAUCAUGUGUAUCCAAAAACGUCAGAUUUUUCGGAUCAACAGCAUCUGCAAAGUCAAGCUUGUGGGAUGGAGUUGAGAUGGGACCUCCAGAUCCAAUCCUUGGUGUUUCAGAGGCCUUCAAACGAGAUACCAAUACAAACAAGAUCAAUCUUGGUGUAGGUGCAUAUCGUGAUGAUGAAGGAAAACCAUUUGUUCUACAGUCAGUCAAACAGGCGGAGGACAAAGUGAGGAAUAUGAGUCUAGACAAGGAAUAUCUGCCUAUCACAGGUUUAGCUGACUUUGCUAAAGGAGCUGCCAAGUUGGCCUUUGGGCAGGAUAGUCAACACUUAGCAGAGGGCAGAAAUGUUACUGUGCAGACCAUCUCUGGAACAGGAUCUCUUCGUGUUGGGGGUAGUUUCCUUCAGAAAUUCUUUCCUGGUAACAAGGUUGUCUACUUGCCAUCACCAUCAUGGGGUAACCACACACCAAUCUUCAAACAUGCUGGUUUAGAUGUGGCAAGUUACCGCUAUUAUGAUAGGGCAACAUGCGGAUUUGAUGCAGCUGGGGCCAUGGAAGAUAUAUCGAAUAUCCCAGAGAACUCCAUUAUACUGUUCCAUGCGUGUGCACACAACCCUACAGGUGUAGAUCCCAAGCAAGAACAAUGGAAGGAGCUGUCAAAGAUUGUUAAGGACAGGAAGUUGUUUCCUUUCUUUGACAUGGCUUACCAAGGGUUUGCAUCAGGUAGUCUGGACAAAGAUGCCUGGCCAGUACGUUACUUCAUGGAUGAAGGACACUCCCUAGUCCUCUCACAAUCAUUCGCUAAAAACAUGGGUCUCUAUGGUGAGCGAGUUGGAGGUUUUACAGUACUCUGUUCAUCAGCUGAGGAAGCCAAGAGAGUCGAAUCACAAAUCAAGAUCUUGAUCAGACCCAUGUACUCUAAUCCACCUCUCAAUGGAGCUAGGAUAGCAUCAACUAUCCUCAAUACACCAGAGCUAUAUGAAUUGUGGUUGGGUGAACUACGCCAGAUGUCUGGACGUAUCAUCUCUAUGAGAGAGCAGCUUGUUGCCAAUUUGCAGAAGGAAGGAUCUACGCACAAUUGGCAACACAUCACAGAUCAGAUUGGCAUGUUCUGUUUUACCGGUCUUAAUCCUGAUCAGGUUGAGCGUCUGACCAAGGACUUCUCCAUCUACCUGACAAAGGAUGGGCGAAUCUCGGUAGCUGGGAUCUCAUCGAAUAACAAUGCCUACCUGGCGCAUGCUAUGCAUGAAGUCACUAAGUAAAGCACUCUUGAUUCAAUCAUCAAGGCCCGUAUUCAUAUAACCUUACCGAGUCUAGUUCUAUACUAACUAACUACAGUCAAACCUUCUUUAGUGACCACCUGUCUACAAAGACCAUAUUUGUUGUUUCCCUUGAAAAUGGUUUCUCAUUGAAACAUGUACUAAAGGAACCUGUGUACAAAGGCCACCUGUCUUCACAGACCACUUUUUGUGUUUCCCUUGGGCGGUCGCUAUAGACAGGUUUGACUGUAUGUUGUAAAGCAUAUGUAAUUAGUUGACAACCAGUUUUAAUAGUAAGGUCUUGUGAAUAUGGGCUCUGAUUGGUAGGCCCAUGUAUAGUUAUUGUGUGUGACCGAGCAUAGAAGAAAGGUCAGGAGUAACCGUGUUAUCUUUGGGGUACAGACAAUCACCAAAACUUUGUUUAAUCAAAGUCUUUUACAGGAAUUACAAAAUCAGAAGAAAGGAACAUCAGUUUGAUGAUAAGCAGAUAUGCGAAUUGUGUUUCACAUCUUAUGUGAAUUACUAUUUACCAGCAAGAGUCCA